AUGCCCGGUCGCCUGUUGAGCACCCUCGCGAGGGUGGCUCCCACGCCAUUGCCUAAAUUGGACCACAUCAAACCGCACGCUGAAGGCCUGCUUCCGCCCGUCUACUCCUACGACGCACCCCGCGUAAAAGCAAAGUCAAAGUCGGAAGAGUCGCUCGUCAUGGACAUCUUCAACCGCCACAAGCAUGACAAGCAUGCGAAAGAAAAAGAGGAAGUCAAGAAGAGCCCCAAGGUUGAGGCUCAGGGCGCGGCUUCCAUGAACAUGAGCGUUGAGUCGCCGCCCAUUGUCUUCUACAACAGCCCCCAGUCUUCGACCGGCGCUAUUUUCUCGGGUCAGCUCGUCAUCAACGUUCAUGACCCCUACGUCACCGUGGAAAAAUUCGAGAUGCGCAUGCUCGCCAUCGUUUCCACUAAGAAGCCUGUCGCCCCACACUGCCCCGAUUGCAGCACGCAAACCACCGAAAUCCACAAGUGGGAGUUCCUGACGCAUCCUACUUCGCUGCGUCAUGGCCCACACACAUUCCCCUUCAGCCACUUGCUGCCGGGACACCUGCCUGCGACUACACAUGGUAGCCUCGCCACAGUCGAUUACUACCUUUCCGCUGUUGCUACUACCUCAUCGGGUAAGAUUACCUACAAGCGCAAUCUGGACAUCAAGCGCGCCAUCUUUCCCGGAGCCGAGAAGCACUCUAUUCGCAUCUUUCCUCCCACGAACCUUACCGCUUCAGUGAAGCUACCCCCGGUCAUCCACCCGAUUGGUGACUUCCCCAUUGAGAUGCGCCUAUCUGGUAUCGUGCAGAACAAAGGAGACUCACAAACACGAUGGAGGCUCCGCAAGCUCAACUGGCGCAUUGAGGAGACGCAGAAGUUCAUUGCUCCAGCCUGUGCCAAGCACAUUUCCAAGGUCGGGGGUGAGGGCAAGGGUGUCCUUCACGAGGAUGUUCGCGCCAUCGCCAGCGAGGAGGUCAAGACUGGCUGGAAGACCGACUUUGAGAAGGGCGAGAUUGACGUCGAGUUUCAGGCCGCCUGCAACGUCGGCCUGAAGCCUCUUUGCGACAUGGAGAGCCCAAGCGGCAUGAGCGUCAAGCACAACCUCAUCAUUGAGAUGGUUGUCGCUGAAGAGUGGGCACCCCUCAAGAAGCUCAACCAAGCCACUCCUACUGGCGCCGCUCGCGUUCUCCGCACUCAGUUCCACCUCGUGCUCACUGAGCGCUCUGGUAUGGGUAUUGCUUGGGAUGAGGAGCAACCUCCUCUCUACGAAGACGUUCCUAUCAGCCCCCCGACUUACGUCGACGACUGCGAAUUUCCUUUCUCCAACAGCAGCUCCCGCUCCGGAAGCUUCAGUCUGGAGCAAUAG